GGGAAAACAUGAUGAAAUGUUGAUAAUUUUGAAGAUGCUUAGUCUAAUGAGUUAUUGCUUAUUUUAUCUUUUCUUUCUGAUCAAUAUUGAUAAACGAUAAAAUGGUUUGUAAUUGUCAUCAGUAAAUAAUGUACAGAAAUUCAAUUAGAUUCAAAAAACCAUGAGGAGGAGCUCGCUUAUAAAUUGUUACCAUAUUUUAAGAAGAACCAUGUGGACUGGAAAUGAACCGCUGUCAUCAAGUGACCCCGAGAUGUGGAAUCUCAUCAGAAGGGAAAAGGAUAGACAAAAACGAGGUCUUGAAUUGAUUGCUUCUGAGAAUUUUGCUUCUUUAGCUUGCCUUGAAGCUCUUGGUUCUUGUUUGAACAAUAAAUACUCAGAAGGAUAUCCUGGAAAACGUUAUUAUGGUGGAACAGAGGUUAUUGACGAGAUUGAGUUGCUUUGUCAAAGACGUGCUCUUGAAGCCUUCCGCUUAGACCCUGCUAAGUGGGGUGUCAACGUUCAACCACUUUCUGGUUCUCCUGCUAACUUUGCCUCCUAUACAGCAUUAUUGCAACCCCAUGAUCGUAUCAUGGGACUAGAUUUACCUGAUGGAGGACAUCUUACACAUGGUUACAUGAAUGACCAAAAAAGGAUUUCAGCCACAUCUAUUUAUUUUGAAUCAAUGGGCUACAAAUUGAACCCCGAAACUGGUCUCAUCGAUUAUGAUAAACUAGCUGAAAUGGCAAAACUCUUCCGUCCUAGGUUAAUAAUUGCUGGUACAUCUGCAUAUCCAAGACUCUUAGAUUAUAAAAAAUUCCGUGAAAUCUGUGAUGAAAAUAAAGCUAUCCUUUUAGCUGACAUGGCACAUAUCAGUGGAUUAGUAGCAGCUGGAGUCAUUCCGUCGCCAUUUGAAUAUGCUGAUGUAGUAACCACGACAACUCACAAAACUUUACGAGGUGUCAGAUCAGGUUUAAUCUUUUUCCGCAAAGGAGUAUCAGGAACUAAUAAGGAUGGAAAAGAUAUAAUGUAUGAUUAUGAGUCAAAGAUUAAUUUCUCUGUAUUCCCUGCUCUUCAAGGUGGUCCUCAUAAUCAUGCUAUUGCCGGUGUUGCUGUUGCAUUGAAGGAGGCCAAUAGUCCCAUGUUCCGUGAAUAUUCUGAACAAGUUUUGAAAAACGCUAAAGCACUUGCUGAUGCAUUAGUUGCCAAUGGUUACACUUUAGUUUCUGGUGGAACUGACAAUCAUCUUUUACUAUUAGACCUUCGACCAAAAGGACUCGACGGUGCAAGAUUAGAAUCUUUGCUCAAUGAAAUUGAUAUAAUCGCCAACAAGAAUACAUGUCCUGGAGAUAAAUCUGCUCUAGUUCCUGGUGGAAUCCGUUUAGGCGCAGCAGCUCUAACAACCAGAAAUUUCAAGGAAAAAGACUUUGAAAAAGUUGCGGUGUUCAUUGAUGAAGCUAUUAAGCUUGCGUUGGAAGCUAAACAGUCAUGUGGUAAAACUGUUCAAGAUUUCAAAAAAUACCUCAAAACGGAUGAAACGACAAAGGAGAAGAUGUUAACAUUGAAAUCAGUAAUUAAUGAAUGGGCAUCUUCAUUCCCAAUGCCUGGUUACGAAGACCACUAACUCAAAGACAGCAAUAUAAAAAGUUCAUGGAAACAACUUGAAAAUUCCCGGGAAUCAGGUUUAAUAAAUAUUGGUCUUCAAAACAUAUAAGUCAAAUCACUAAUUGCCAUAUAUUUAAGUGUCGUGCCUUAUGUAAUCUAUGAACAACAUUGAACUAUUUUGUUUAAAGAAUAAAAAUAUUUUGACACUUUUCAUAUCCAAAUAAAAGAUUUUCAAUAAUA